ACAAUAUACUACAUCUCCAAUUAAAUACUAAAUCACUUAUUUAUAAGAAAUUGUGCCUUUUGGGCGUUUUCCUUCUUUUAUUACUAAAUAGUAUAAUAUCAUUUGAAUCACGAAUUGACAACAAAAAUGGAAGAAUUAUAAGUGAACUCGAACAAAGUGAUGACAAACUGGACAUUGUAACAUAUUUGAGCAAUGGAGAUUUUAAUAAGGUUGGUAAUGAAAGUGCAAAUCAUGAUACAGAAGAUAAUGAUAAUGAACGUACAGAUGAGGAACUUAAUGUCCAUGUUGAAGAUGAAAAGUCAUUUGAUAACAUUAGUACAAACCCAGAAGAAAAUGAAAAUAGUAGUAUAAAUUCAUUCAAUAAAGUUAACAAUACAAGUAGUUUUGGUGAGAUGCAUAGGCAAAUAUCAAAAGAUAUAAAACAAAAAUGCUUUGAAGACCAAAAUAAAGUUCCAAAUAAUGAAAAAACGCACAUAGAUAAAAAUUUACAAGAGCAAAAUAAUUAUACGAACGACCAUUACAUUAUAAAAACACCGCACCAGACAUUACAUACAGAUGAUACAAAUAUAACUGAAAGUAAUAUAAGUGGUAAAAAAAACAGUGAUCUUACAACACAGUAUGUAAGUGAAAAUAUUAAAAGUCAAAAUAUUGAAAAUAAUGUUAAUAAUCCAGGAAAUAAUAUGGGAACAAUGGCCUCAAAUUUAACUAAAUCUAUGCCAUAUAUCAGAAAUAUACAAGAAAUACCAAAUGAUGAGAGUAUAAAUAACAGUGCACAAGAACAAGCUCAAGUCGAUGAAAAUUAUUUAAAUCUAAAUAAAGCAUAUGAAGAAUCAGUUAGAGAAAAUAUAAGUUAUAUUAUGCAAGAGCUGGAUAGAACAGAUAUGAACUAUGAUAUACUUAAACAAUGGUUACAAUAUGUUUUAAAUUUACAUUAUUUUAAAGAGUUUCAUACAAAUAUUGACUCAGAUAAAACAGAAGAAUUUAUUACAACAGAACAAUAUCAAACAUAUGAUGGAAAUAACAGUAUGGAUGCAUUUGAAGAAGUUUAUAUAAAUGAUGGACCAUACGAACAAUAUACAUAUGAAAAAAAAUCAACAAGUAGGAACCAUGAUACAGAAAGUAAAAAAAAAAAAUUAAAUGCGCAAGAUCCGAAUUUACAUUAUUCUCAAUAUACUAGUAAUGCUCAAUCUACAAGGUUAAAAAAUAUGGAAAGAGCUAACAUAGGAUAUCAAAACUUACGUGAAAACAUGGAGAACAUAUUUGGAAAUAAUAAUUUAGAUCAAAAACAUAACAGACAAAGUAAAUAUUUAAAUAUGCAACAAAACACAAAUUAUGGUUAUGAUGAACCCUAUACGGUUAAACAUAAAUCACAUUAUUAUCAACAAAUGCAUGCUUAUCCAAAUUAUGGUAAUUAUACUCCUUAUGAUGAUAGUCAUAGAUAUGCAACUUCUUCGGAUCAUGGCAUGAACCAAUAUUAUAAUGCUCAUGCAGGUUAUACCACUGACUCUUAUUAUGGUAAUGACGCUGCUUAUGGUACUGACGCUGCUUAUGGUACUGACGCUGCUUAUGGUACUAACGCUGAUUAUGGCGAUGAUGCUGCUUAUGACGAUGAUACUGCUUAUGACGAUGACACUGCUCAUGCUUAUAAUGUUAAUUAUGACACUAGCACAAAUUAUACUACUCAUGAUGAUUACAUUACUCACCCAACUUAUGAUCAUCAAUAUGAACAUAGUACUACUAAUGACGACAGUGAAGAGAACAUCAAUAUUCAUCCCAACUAUAAAAGCUUAGGCAGAAAAAAAGAAACAUGUCCCAUAUCACAUUCUUCCUAUAAUAAAUCAAAGAAAAUAAAUAUAGAAGACGAAAGCAAAAGAAAAAGAGCAUUAAGAGGCCAAACUAUAGUAGGUAAUAGUUAUGUUGAUGCAACAAGAGCAUGCAGACAUUCAAACUGUACUGCUCCAAAUUUAAGAACUAAACAAGAACUAUAUGUGAAUGAAUCUAAAAUGAAAACUCCAUUAACAUACGAAUAUGGCAGUGAAAAUAAUGGCUUUGUAAGAAGUAAUGUCAAAUCAGCUAAACAAACAAAAAGUGGACAAGUAUAUAGCCAUCAAAAAGAAAAAAGUAUGUUUAGUGAUUAUAAUCCAAUAGAUCAUAACGCUACAUAUAAAAGUAAUCAUCCUAAGAAAACAACACAAUAUGAUGAAAAAACAAGAAAUGUAACUAUAAAAUUAGAUUACUUUGAUAAAAUAAUAGAUGUUUUACCAAGUAAUUUAAAUAGAGAAGACAUGGAAUAUUUAUGGGGUAAAUUUAUUAAUCUAGAAAAAAUGAAAUUUAAAAAAGUAGAAAAUUAUGUAAUAGGCUAUAUAAAAUAUUUAGCAAAAAAAUUUGCAUUAUCAUCAAAUGAACAAAGCAAACAAAUAAAAAUUAUAAGUAACUAUGCGGAAGAAGAGCGCAAAACACAAGAAAAAAAAGAUUAUAAUGAUUUUGAGGCUUAUAUUCGUCAAGGUAAUGAUAGUAAACAAGAUUUUAUAAAUUUUCUUGUCACAAAAAGUAAAGCAUGGGACAAUUUAAGAUAUAUGAUGCAAAACUGGUGGAUGGAGGAAUUGACCAUCCGAAUGCAGCAAUUAUAAUUUAUUGCAUAAAGGAUAAGCCUAAAAUGUAUAUAAGCGUAAUUCGUACAAACAAAUAUAUUUAUACUGCACCAAUAUCAUAAAUGCUGUAUUAAUAAUAUACAAACGA